AUGGUGGAAGAUUUAAAAAAGAAUAAAAAGAGUUAAAGUAUAUAAAUAUAAUAAAAGUAAAGAUAAUAAAAAGGAUUGAUAGAUUGAAAAGAAAUUGUAAAUUUUUUUGAGUGAAUAUUUAUGAAAAUUAUUAACUAAAGCUCAACUAAGGUAAGAAUAAAAAAACAAAGAAUUUUAUUAAUUAGAGCAUAGGAAAGGAUAGAAAAGAGAUAGAAAUUAUUAGAAGAGAAGUAAUAUCAUAAUUUAUAAUAAAUAGUUCAACUGA